GGCCCCGCCCGUCGCAUGACGUCACACCGACCGUGCCCACCGGGCGGGAGGGAAAUGGGGGCAUCGGGGGGACCCCAAGUGUGGCGGGACACGGGGGGCCCUCGUGGUAUGGGGAUCACCCCCAGCUGGGAUUUGGGGUGCGCCUGGGGCAUGGUAGGGGGGUCCCCAAAAAUGUCCCGCCCGCUUGUGGGAUGCUGCUCGUGUAUGGAGGUCCCCGAAAGUGUGGGGCUCCCCUAGGGUUAUAGGGACACUCCAGGGAGAAGUGGGUAUGCCCCAGAGUAUGGGGGGUCUGCAUAAGAAUAGGGUGCCCCAGGGAUAUGGGGUUGCUCAUGGGGGAAAGAGGUGUCUUUCUGAAAUCCAUGAUUUCAGGUCUGCACGGAAACGUGAGAGGUGACCACAGAGAACGGCAACACCCCAGGGGGCUGUGAGGGUGCUCUGGAGCUGGGGGUUGUCCAAAAUAGGGUGGGUGUCCCCAGGAUGGGUGUCCUUGGGUGUGUAGUGACACCCAAGGGAUAUGAUAGUGCUCUACAACUGUACCGGUGUCCCCAGGGAAGAAAGGCACCCCAAAAGUGGAGAGUACUCACAGAAAGCUGUGAGGAUGGGGGUGCUCCAAGGGUUUGUGGGUAUCCCAGAGGAAUGUGGGUGCCUGGGGGAUGCUCUUGGAUGCAGGUUUCCCCUAAAGGCAAUAGCAGUACUCAGAGGAGUGAGCCAGGGGGUUCUCUUAAGUCUGUGGGGCUGGCACGGGGGCACAGCUCUGUCUGAUGGCAUGGUUCGACUUGGGUCAGUCAGCUCGGCAUGGUACAGCUAGGGUGAGAUGGAAAUAGGACUCUACUUGGGAGGGGUCCCCCACAGCAACCCCCAACAGGGGGCAAGCCAGCCCUGCAGUUCACCUGUGCACCCUCCAAAAUGCUGGUACCACCCUUGCUCUAUCCAUGGGGAAACUUGAGUCACAGAGCUUGGCACUGCCAUCACCCACUGGCCACGGUCUCGGAGAGCUUCCAGUCUCCUGGGGGGACUGCAGCACCCAGGGGUGUCUUGGAGGGAAGCCUCGCACCCACUGAGGGCCUGGGGACAAGGCAGCAUAAAGAGGGCAGCGGAAGGAAGGGGCACUGGGUAGUGGCACAGCACGGGUGCAGUGAGAAAAAGCUUGGGACUGGGAGAAGACCCCAGAUUUGAGGGGACAGUGACAGCAGCGAGUGGCAAAAUGGAGUCCUUGUCCUUCAAUGGGGAUUUGUCCAGCUUACUCUCUCUCUACAACUACACCUAUGACUAUAGCACGGCCCUGCCUGACAUCGGUAUCUCCUCUGCCCCAUGCCGGCCUGAUAGCUCCGUCCUCAACAAGUACCUGGUGGUGGUGAUCUACUGCCUUGUCUUCAUCCUCAGUGUAGUGGGGAAUGGGCUAGUGGUGCUGGUGGUGACCUCCAGCCACACCAGCCGCUCUGUCACUGACGUCUACCUGCUCAACCUGGCCGUGGCAGAUUUGCUCUUUGCUUUCACCCUGCCCCUCUGGGCUGCCUACCGAGCCCACGAGUGGGUCUUUGGCACCGUGAUGUGCAAAGCCAUCUCCGUGCUGCAGGAAGCCAACUUCUACAGCAGCAUCCUGCUGCUGGCCUGCAUCAGCGUCGACCGCUACCUGGCCAUUGUCUAUGCCACCCGGGCUGCCACUGAGAAGAGGCACUGGGUGAAGUUUGUCUGCUUGGGCAUCUGGGUCUUCUCUGUGCUGCUCUCCCUGCCCAUGCUGCUCUUCCGUGAGGCUUUCACCUCACCCAACAAUGGCACCGUGUGCUACGAGCGUAUUGGUGAAGACACGGCCAAGUGGCGGGUGGUGCUGCGGGUGCUGCCGCAGACCUUUGGCUUUGCCUUGCCCCUCCUGGUGAUGCUCUUCUGCUAUGGUGUCACCAUCCACACCCUCCUGCAGACCAAGAAUGCUCAGAAGCAGCGGGCCAUGAAGGUCAUCUUUGCCGUGGUGCUCGUCUUCCUGGUCUGCUGGCUGCCCUACAAUAUCACACUGGUGAGCGACACCCUCAUGAGGACACGGGCCAUCGCCGAGACCUGCAAGAGGAGGAACCACAUCAACACGGCCCUCUCUGUCACACAGGUCCUGGGCUUUGCCCACAGCUGCAUCAACCCCAUCAUCUAUGCCUUCAUCGGUCAGAAGUUUCGCAACAGCUUCCUCAAGAUCCUGGCGCAGCGUGGGCUGAUCAGCAAGGAUGCUGUUGCCCGCUACGGCCGUGCCUCCUAUGCCUCCACCUCUGGCAACACAUCCACCACCCUCUGAUCCCUUCUGGUACCCAGUCCUCAUGACUCCCAGCAGAUCCCAGCACCCCACACACCUCAGCAUCCUCAUCCAGCCCCCUGGAACGUGGGUGGUGAUGCUAUGGGGAUGGGCAGGGCCACCACUGGAUGCUGGACCCCAGCUGGAAGGGGGCUUGGCUGGCAAGGUGAUAGGAUUCCAUUGCCAGAGGAGUGAUGCCAAGUGCUGCCCACCCUCCUCCCCUCUCUUUGAGACAAAGCCUGUGACUCUGGGGAUUCUGAGAGCCUGCUGUGGGGAUGGUGUUUGUGGCCGUCGACCAUGCAGCAAUAAAGGAGUUAGUGGGUUGAUCA